CGAGGGGACUGUGGGAGUCCCUGAGCGCGGCAGUUCGGGAGGUGAGGUCAGGCGUUUCCCCUUUGGCUGGCCCCUUUUUUAAACCCCAGCAUUUCUGCAAGCACCGCGAGGCGUAUAAAUCUUUUAUCAGGGGGAUAUUAAACGUUCGGGUGGAUGCACACGUACUCUUGAUCGAGGUUUGUGGUGGAAAAGCGCACGCACAGUGGUCUAUAGGAAAACAGUGAUGGUGGACAAUUCCAGUAGCAGCAACACGCAAGUGCCCAGCUUGUCUCAGGAAAGCGGUCUGGCUGGAGCUUUCUCCCAGGCGGCUUUUGGAAAUUCGGCUGGUGUCAAACUCGAAGCAGUAAUGGAGCAGCUCCAGAGACAACAACAGGCUAAACUGGAGAUGGAACGCAAAGAGAGACAUCUCAGGGAAGCCCAUAUUCUGUACGCCCAGCAGCUGGCGGCGCAGCAAGCCAUCAUGGCCUCCGCCAGGGCCCAAGGCACCCCAUUAACCCCUGAUUUCUACAGUAAAAACUCCCGAGACAGAGCGCUAAAAGCCGGGCAGGGGCCACCAGCUCCCCGGGGACCCGUGAAAAGCAGCGCCGAGAUGGAGGAGGAUGCAUCUGAUGAGAUGGACAGGGGAAGAGGGUCUGAAGGGGACGAGGAGGACGAUGACGAAAUGAUGGAUGGAGAUGAUGUCAGCGAAGAUGAGGAAAGCGAAGGCUUGGAGUUCCUCCGGAAGCAAAGCCUCGCUCUUCAGCAAGCCGCCGUCGGAGUCCCUUCGUACCCGUACCAGGUCUACGCCGCCUCGCCCUCUGCUGCUAAAAAACGUGCCCGGUCUCCGACCACCAAGGUGAAGGAUGAACCAGAAGAUUCUCUCAGCGAUCAGCAAUCGUUCAGCACGCCGAACGGAUUGGGCGAUUGGAACCUGGACGACUCGUUCAAACAGAAUGGGAAUUCUAGUUGGAACGAGGAAGGAGAUGGAGGGAGAAACCGAGGGGAAGCCUCCAGAGACUUUGCCAAGCUUUAUGAACUGGACAAUGACCCAAAACGGAAGGAGUUCCUCGAUGACCUUUUUGCUUACAUGCAGAAACGAGGUACACCUGUGAAUCGGAUCCCUAUCAUGGCCAAACAGGUGCUGGAUCUGUACAUGCUGUAUAAGCUGGUGACUGAGAAGGGAGGUCUGGUUGAAGUGAUCAACAAGAAGAUCUGGAGGGAGAUCACCAAAGGCCUGAAUUUACCCACCUCCAUCACCAGCGCCGCUUUCACGCUUCGCACACAGUAUAUGAAGUAUCUGUAUCCAUAUGAAUGCGAGAAGAAGGGUCUGAGCUCCCCCGGAGAGCUUCAGGCAGCCAUCGACAGUAACCGCAGAGAGGGCCGUCGUCCCGGCUACAGCAACAGCCUGUACCGCUUUUCUCCUUCUCCCAGUGCCUCAGGACCUCACCUGCUCUCCCCUCCCAAAAUGCACCUGCCCGCCACCGGUCACAAUGGACUUCAGGCAACCCCCAGUCCAUCCCUGAAGAAAGCCACAGUUCCAGAGGACGGCCCAGCCUCCAUGUUGCCGGGGCGACUGCCCCUGGCACUGGCUCUGGGUCAUCAGCAGCAGCUGGCACGUGCUGCCACCCUUGAGCAACUGAGGGAGAGACUGGAGACCGGCAUGGGUGUCGGGGCGUUGACCCCUGGAGCAGCUGCGGUGGAAGGACCCGAGAGAAAGAUGGCGCGUCUGGCGGAGGAGCAGCAGAGGCUACUCCAGCAUGCUUUCCAACAAAACCUGCUAGCCAUGGCGUCGCAGGUGAACCCCGCUAAUAUGCGGAUGAACAACGCCAACACGCGCCAGGAGAAGCAAGACCUGUCUCUCAGCAUUUCUUCGAACGGCUCGGCGAGCAUUACUGUGUCUGUGGAGGUCAAUGGGAUUAUUUACUCAGGAUCCUUAUACGCCCAAAAAUCAUCUGCAGGCAUCCCCGCCCCUGUCGCAGCCAUGUCCACAGGCCACACCUCCACCCUCAGCCCCGGCAUCCCAUCAUCCUCCUCUUCCUCAAGGGGUCCCGACUCUGUGGAGCAGGCCACAGGCGGGUCACCCUAAACCAAAUCCCCCCUUCCAAACACCAGUCAGUCCCACCCAACUUCAGUCUCCAGAGCGGACGUCAACCAGUUUAAGCCGCUCUGCCCUCUAGAGGCGGCUAAGAAAAUUAGCUGCCUCUCGCACAAAUCCAGGAUGGAAGGGCCACACACGCUCACAAACUCAUCAGUCGUUUAACCUCGACACGGACCUCGCCUGCUCUUUUCUACGUUUUCUCAGGACUCCGGGUUUUAGAGAUGUUCGAUUCAACGAAAUACCUCAGCUGUCUUAAUCCUAGUGCCGUCGCAAGUGCACAGGCUCCGGGUUUCAUGCCUUCUCAGACCCGUGGUCAUAUACUAGCAAAUACCUGCAAGGCAAUCGUGGCGUGAUCGAAUCUACUUCUGCCAAAGUCACAGUGUGAGGGUGUGGUUGACGUAUUUUUUUUUGCUGUCUACUAAUUCUCUUAUUUAACGUUUGCUGAAUUUACCUCCUCUGCAGUGAAUUGAAAAGACUCAGGAUCGGUUACUAUAUAAUACUGCUGUGUUCUUCCUGUCUAUUUUGAUGGACUUAAAUUACAGGCGACAAUCUACCAUAAGAGUCAGUUUGGUAAACAAAAAAAGGGGUCACUUUCUUUCUCUUAUUUUAAAAAAUGUAUUUACUUGAUUUUAUUGUUUUCUAUUUCCGUUUUUAGUUUCUAGAUACAGAAAUAUUCAUAUGAUUUGAAAGAGUUUUGAGUUUGAAAGUGCAUUUACGCAGCUCAGAGAUUUUGUUGUUGUUAUUAUUUAGACAGAUUUGAGUUGAAAGGUUUUUCUCUACCUCAGACACAAGUCAAUGUAUGGUUGCAAAGAAACCACGUGAACGGCCACGCUCGGCAUCACACAAGUCAAUCAUUUCUGUGCGUUGGACGAUCAUGUACAGGCUCGUGAAAAAGAGCCCGGUUUAUUGUACAAUUCUUUCUCAUACGAGUAUAUUAAACCUACUUAAAACCAGGUCACGGAAAAGCAGGAUAGCAUUCAAAUCGAAGAAGGAUUGAAUGUUUUUUCUUUUGUAUUUUUAAUCGUUAAACUUCAAACCUCACGUAUCUUUCCAUAUUGGAAAGGAAGUUUCUCAGGAAUUUUUUCUUUAUCAAUUUUAACUACAGAACCAAGAGUCUCGCAUCUGAAAGAAAAAACACUACGUAAGUCGAUCAGUGUGGGACUGAAAUAGCUACCUCAGUCAGGAUUUACCUUAGAUGUAGUUUCAACUUCCUGCAGUACAUCACACAAAUUACCUCAGAUAAAUACUGUUGUCGCUAAUGCAAAAAAAUUCUCAGGAAAGAUUAGCAAAAUACCUCAUAAAUGUAAAGAGUAGAAGACAGAACAAUAUUAAUACAGACGUGUGAAAUGAGACUUACGGUAUCUCAUAUUCAUGAAGUAUUGAUCAACUGUCUUCCAGUACACUUCCAACAGAUCUGGAGCAAUCCGCACUAGUUGGCCGGUCGUGAAAUAUUCACGUACUUGACCGAUUUAGUCUUGUCGACAAUUUGCUUUACAUUUUGUUGGUCCUAAUCCUGCGUUUACUUGACUCUGGGACCUGCUGGGAUACAGACACCUGUAGUUUCUUCUGUAUUCUUAAUUCCUCAGAUAACUGCAUAGCUAAAAACCAAAGACCGUGUGUUUGUUAUCCACGUUGAUGACCUCACUGUAUAGACACAUGCAACUUUACACAAUGAAAUUAAAGUCUGAUCUGAUGCAACA